AAUACAUUAUAAUUGGGAAAAAUGUAAGAAAAUAAAUUCUUUUGUGUGUAUGUGGCGCAUGCGCAGUAAUACGGCUUUUACUUUCUGAAUCUCUCCUUCGGAUUCUAGAUCUGGCAACUGCGUGGCAGUCGCAUUUAGUUCAGUUCAGUCCUGGAGAUAGGUCCCCGACUGUUUCCACUGGAAAUUCAACGAUGGAUAAAAAUUCAGAACAGGCCGCUUGCAAUGGCGGAGACCAACAUGAAGAAGUAGACAUGGACGAUGAGGCAGCAGCUAAAGAGAAGUUAACUGCAAAUGAUCCCUCAAAAGUAAAAUUCACUUCUGUCAAUUUAGAUGGCAAAAAUGGCGAUGCUAAAAUCGACAUCCAUGUUGCACAAACAACCGUAGGAAUGGGCAAAGAAGAGCUGAUGAAAUAUGCCAACGAGCCUUUUUGGGUGAGGCUUCGCAUGUUUCUCUUCAUCCUUUUCUGGGUAGCAUGGAUUGGAAUGUUGGUUGGUGCUGUUAUAAUAAUUAUCCAAGCACCUAGGUGCCCACCUGCACCUACUGCUGAAUGGUAUCAGAAAGCGGCAAUGUAUCAAGUUGAUGUUGAAACCUUCCAAGAUUCUGAUGGAAACGGAGUAGGAGACAUAAAAGGCCUUAUUUCUAAACUGGACUACCUCAAAGAACAGCAUGUUGAUGCUUUGAUGUUGAGUGCAUUUUACAAAUCUGAAGAAGGUGGUAUUGUUGAUCAUAAUGAGGUUGAUGCCAGAUUUGGUUCUUUGGCUGAUUUUGAUGAACUUGUUCAGCAACUCAAAGAAAAAGAUAUUCGAUUAGUGGUUGAUUUUGUUCCUAAUCACUCCAGUGAUAAACAUAAAUGGUUCCUUGCCAGUACUGAAGGUCAAGAGCCAUAUAAAGACUUCUAUGUUUGGGCUGAUUCUCCAUCUGGGGAUAAAUCCACUCCCCCAAAUAACUGGUUGAAUGUUAAUGGUGAAUCUGCUUGGACCUGGAACAAAGAAAGAGGACAGUUUUACCUUAACACAUUUGGAGAAAAUCUUCCAGAUCUCAAUUUGAGAAAUGAACUUGUAAAGCAAGAAUUGAGGGAUAUUAUCAGACACUGGCUAGAAAAAGGUGUUGAUGGCUUCAAAGUUGUUGCAGCUAGUCAUUUAGUUGAGGAUGCGGAUUUACGGGAUGAGCCUGUAGCUACUGUUAAGUCGCAGAGUAAAAGAGAAUACAAUAAAAUUAAUCAUAUCUACACAGUUGAUCAACCUGAAAAUUUGGGAUUGUUUGCAGAUUGGAAACAUAUCAUUACCAACUUCACUACUUCUACAUUGCCAAAAAUCCUGAUGGCAGAAACAUCUGGUUCAAUGAACACUACCAUGUUGUAUUACGGUAAUGAAACGUAUGCCUUGGCAGAAUUGCCUUACAAUACCCAUUUCACUGAAGUAAAUGAACUUAUUACAGGAGAUGAACUCAAGGACCAUCUAGAUAUGUGGAUUAAGAAUGUACCAUCAUUUGGAUGGCCAACAUUACUGGUUGGAAGUAAAGAUGUGCCAAGAUUAAAAGAUCGUGUUGGGGAAGAUUUAGUUGAUGCUAUUCAUAUGGUUGCAACAUUUGCUAAAGGCACACCAUUAUUUUACUAUGGUGAUGAAUUGGGAGUUUCAGAUAUUCCUGCAGAAACUAAAAAUAAGAAACUUAAACCUCAAACUGUAAUGCUUUGGAAUAAUGAUUCUUAUGCUGGUUUUACUAAUGAAACCACUACUUUGCCUGUACAUCCAAAUUACACUACCGUAAAUGUGGAGGUUCAAGAAAAAGAUCCACAUUCUCAUAUGAAGAUUUUUAGUCGCUUACUAGCACUAAGGGGUCAGCCAGCCUUAAAUUUUGGGCUGAAUGAUUAUCCCAUUGUAAAAAAUGACACCUUUUCAUUAAUUAGGGUCAGGAAAGGCUCUCCAGGUUAUCUAGUUGUUGUAAAUCUAGGCAAUUCCAUAAGUGAAUUAGAUUUCACUGGUACGAGUGGUUACUUGCCAGAAACAGCAAGAGUGGAAGUACGAAGCAGUAAUAUUAUGGAGGGUCCCUUAGUAGAAGGGGAACAUCCAAAAGUACCAUUAAAUCGAAUUACUUUAGGUCCUAAACAGUCUGUUGUACUCUCCUUUGUUCCAGUCUUCGAAGGAUAACAGAAGUAGAAGUAAAAAAAAUAUUCCAGUGAUCUGAGAACUAUUAUUAUUGAAUGCCCUUUACACAUUUAAAAAUUGAAACAUUUUCUUUUCUAUAAAAAAAAAAUAAAGUAUAGCAGCAUAUUGACUUCAAUUCUCUGUGGAUUUUAUAUUAAUUUUGCGUUUAGAUUUACGAGCUGUCUAUUGUAUUGUACUUUAAAUAUUUGUUCUCUGCAUCAAAACUGAACUCGUUGCAAAUAAAAUAGAUUCAACUGCA